GGAAAAAAGCUGGCCUCACUGCUCUCAUUUCCCAAAAAGUUUCAGAGUGUGGGGGAAAGGUCAGAGUGUGGGGGAAAGGUAGCGCAAUACCACUGCAUCCUGCACCAGGAACAGCUGUGUGCAAAGACGAUCGGACUGGCAGACGUCGUGCGCGAUGUCGUUAAAAUCAUUAACUGCAUCCGCUCAAAGGCAUUCUCACACCGCCAGUUCAGAGCAUUUUUGGAUGAAGUUGAUGCGCAAUACAAAGAUAUUCUUUACCAUCAGGAGGUGCGCUGGCUGAGCAGGGGGACUGUGCUCAAAAGAUUUUUUGAGUUGCGCCAACUUAUCGCGGAGUUUCUGUCGAGUGCGAGCAGGGACACACAAAUCCCCACUGAUAAAAGAUGGAUUUUCGACGUGGCCUUUAUGGUGGACAUCACCGACCUGCUCAACAAUCUGAAUGUUAAACUUCAAGGCAAAGAACAGAUCAUAACGGAGCUGUUUGACCACAUAAAGGCUUUCCAAAUGAAGCUGCAACUACUCUGCCGGCAUCUUUCAGCAGGAAACUUUGCACACUUCCCCAGCCUGAGAGACGUGAAUGUGGAGGUGGACAGGUUGCCAGAAUAUGGAGAACUUCUCAGCAACUUAAAUAAGGAGUUUGAUUUGUGCUUUGUGGACUUUAAGAAGACUGCAGGUGACAUGGAGCUUUUUUCUCAGCCCUUCAGCGUGAGUCCCGACUCAGUUCCAGAGCAUUUGCAGAUGGAGUUGAUUGAGUUUCAAUGUGACACAGAGCUAAGACGCAAAUUUGUAUCACUACCCUUGAGGGAUUUUUAUCCACAUGUGUCAAAACAAAGAUACCCACAGAUGAGAAAAAAUGCACAAGUGAUGCUAUCUCUGUUUGGCAGCACCUACAUUUGUGAGCAAACAUUUAAUCUCAUGAACCUGAACAAGAUCAAACUCAGGGGGACCCUCACAGACUCACACUUGCAAGACAUACUAACACUAUCAGUGAGUAAGCUGCAGCCCAACAUUCAGUCACUGAUUAAGUCAAAAGACCAGCUCCAUGUCUCUCAUUAAGGAUCGCAGUUUGCUGUUUUCAUUGGAAAAAAGUUUGUUUUAGUUUGUUUUUGUUUUUUAGUUGAAAAUUGCCAGUGAGGCCUCGCUGUUAUGUUUAAUGGUUUGAAAGAAUGUUUAUUUUUGUGUGUUACCUUGAUGAAUACAGAAUCAAAAUAAACACAUUAAAGCAUAUUCUUUGUUUUCUGCUUUUAUUUAAUGACAUACAAAAAACGUAUUGUAUUUGGCCCACGGUCCACGAUCACAUUUAGAUAUUGGCCCUU